CAUAACCACUAAGGUACGAGUAUUUAGUUUUAGUCUGCUGCUGCUGAGAGUGCUGCACGCAGUCUCGUUACGAAAAAAACGCGCAAACACAUUAUAUAUAAGGUACAUUACCUAAGCUUACAAGUUUAAACGUUUCAUUUACGUCCGCAAACGCGCAUCGGGUUUUUUUCAACACUUUUUUUUAAUUUUUUAGUUUUUAAUUUUAAAUUUUUAUUGAAACAGUUGUCAAUCGAUAUCUUUUAAAUAAAUUUUAAACAAAUAAACUAACUAAAAUAAUUUAACGUUUCAAAAUGCACAAUUUUAUAGGAAGCAAAUUUAAGGCCAACUGUAGACAAUUAUUCGCAGCAAUUUCAGUGAAUCUCGUCACGUUUUCGUUUGGACUGUAUACGGGAUGGUCAUCCACGGUCUCACCCAUGUUCACAGACCCGAAAGAGACUCCGCUCGACCACGUGAUGACGGAUAACUCGAUUUCUUGGGCGUGCAGCUGGGGAAUGCUUAGCGCCAUAUUGGGCACGUUCUUCUGGGGCAUGUUGGCGGACAACUUUGGCCGGAAAACCACCGGUUUCCUGACCAUGUUACCGUACCUGGUCAGCUGGGUCAUCCUGUUGGUGGUCAAGACGGAGACGGCGCUGAUGGUGUCCCGGUUCCUGGGCGGCUUGGGAGCCAGCGGGGCGGCCAUCAACUGCCCGAUGUACGUGGGCGAAGUGAGCGAUGAGGCCAUGAAGGCCGGUCUGGGCUCGCUGUUCAUACUCAUGUACAACAUCGGCGUGCUGUACGUGUACGUUUUCGGCGUGAUGGUCGACUACACCCACCUGAACCUGGCCUGUCUUGCCAUCAGCCUGCUGUUCAUGAUAGUGUGGAUGUACGUGCCCGAGUCCCCAAUAUUCCUCAUCCAGAAGAAGCGGAUAGACGAAGCGAGACAGUCGCUCAUGUGGUUCCGGGGCAAGGACAACGACAAGGAAGUGAGUGACGAAAUGGACUCGCUGAUGCGACACGGCGACCAGUUGACCAAGGCGACGCUGGCCGACUACAAGAAACGCGGCACGCUCAAGGCUCUGCUCAUCGGCCUGGUGUUCCAAGCAGGCACACAGUUCAGCGGCAUAAACAUCAUACUCAUGUACACGGUGGACAUAUUCAAGAAAAGCGGCAGCAGGAUGUCCCCGCACUCGUGCACCAUACUGGUGGGCGUGGUGCAAGUCAUCGGGUCCGCGAUCGCCACGUUAACGGUGCACAGGGCCGGCCGCAAGUUCUUCCUGAUGGUCACGUACGGCGUCACCGCCCUGGCGCUGAUCACCAUCGGCACGUGCUUCUACGUCAACAAGGUGGACCCGUCCAUCAACACCGGCAUACUGCCCGUGCUCAGCCUGUCGGUGCACGUGAUCGCAUUCUCGCUGGGCCUGGGCAUGGUGCCGUACAUCAUCUACACCGAGGUGUUCCCGGCCAACGUGCGCAACAUAUGCAUGUCGUUGCUGAUGUUCUUCAACAACGUGCUGGGCUUCGUCAUCAUCAAGGCGUACCCGUCCAUGUCGGAAGCGUUGCACACGUCCGGCUACUUCUGGAUGUUCGGCGCCGUGUGCCUGGCCGUCGUGCCGUACACCUAUCUGUUCGUGCCCGAGACCAAGGACAAGGCGUACGAAGACAUCCGCCGCGAGUUGCUGCUGUGGUUCCCGGACAGGCGGCACAAGAACAAGGUGGCGGCGGUGGACAAGGAGACCGCCGCGGACCAGGUGGACGGCGGCGACGCGGGCAACGUGGUCGUGGUCGAAGCCAACGAGAUGAAAGUCUGCAUGGGCAAGGACCAGAGCUGCUUCACGACACCCCAACGCGCGCGCGACAACGUCAAAUAAUAACAGAUACAUGGGGUUAUACGUUCCUGUGCGUGUACACUGCUGCAGCACGUAUACACGAGUAAAGGCCACUACUAAAUUAUUAUUAUUAUUCUUAUUAUUAUAUGAUUAUUAUGUAGUGUCUAAUAUCUGUGAAUAUAACUGAUUUACGUGGGAUGGGAGAGUGGGGAAAAUGUAAAAAAAAAGUCGAGUAGUAACCUACUUUUUUUGUAUUUUUUUUUUUUUUACGCCACUAAAUUCGUUUUUUUAUAUAUUUAUUUGAAUCAUUUUUUACGACAACCGUAGUUUUUUGUAUAUUUUUUUUUUUGUAUGUAUGUGUGUGUGUGUGUGUGUGUGUGCGUGUUUGUGGUAAAUUAACAAUUUUCAUUAUAUAAUAAUAUUGUAACAAGUAUAACAAGUAUUAUAAAUAAUUUAAGAAUGAUUAUAAUUUUAAAUAAUAUAUAUCUUAAUUUUAAGUUUUAAAUUAAUAUUAAUUGUUAUAACGAUAUUUUAUGCACACAAUUUAUAUGUUAAGACAACAGAUACGAUAAGGUGACAAUCACUUGUUUGUCUAAUCACAGUUUUGUAUUUAGACUUAACGUGUAUUAUAAAUCAAUUUAUAUAUUAUAUAAAUAUUUUUUUUAUAUUAUACUAAAUCUCAUUAAAAGUAAAUAUAAUAUUAAAAUUCGGGA